CGUCACGUCACAUAUACAGAGCCAACUCUUGCUCACGCGCAUAAGGUGAUCAGGUACAAACCGUUAAACAGUAAACAUUUCAACUGAGGUCAUAGUAAACGGUAAAUAGCCUAACGCUACUUAACAAAAGUAACAACAGGAUGGAGAGAGACCGAGGUUUUAACUUCAAACUGUUUGUACCUCCCAGGGUGAAUAGUGGACAGGUGUCUCCUGUUCAACCUCAGGGUUACAGUAAAUCUUUUGACAAAUUUGCGCAGAGCAUGUCAUUCCCCAAUACAAGCUUGGUUGCACCAACUAAACCAACCAGACAAGACCUUCCCAAGAUGAAAGUUGUGCCACCAAUGGAAAAGGACAAGAUGAAUUGCAGUCCUGGACAGCUUUAUUCUCAGCUGUUUGAUGAAGUUGAGAAAAUUAAGUGCUGGAAGGCCCAGGUUGACACUGACACCAUGCAAAAGGAAAGGAGACUGCAAGAAAACAAAAGAACAAUUGAAACUCAGCGCAAAGCCAUUCAAGAAUUGCAGUUUGCAAAUGAAAGUCUUACCAUAAAGUUGGAGGAACAUAUCAGUGAAAAUGAGGAUUUGAGAAACAAGAACAACGCAACAAGAAACUUGUGCAACAUCCUCAAAGAUACUUUUCAGCGGUCAGCUGAGAAAAUACAUUUAUUUGAAUCUGAGAGGGAAGAAACACAUCACCUGUUCUUGAGAAACAGUGAAAGUAUUCAGAAAUUAAUUGCAGCAUUUGAAAGCCUUCGUGUUCGAGCUGAAGCUGAUCAACAGGAGAUGGAGAAAGUCAAAGAGGACUUUCUGCACUUUGAAGAUCUAAAAGAGAAAGAGAUUGCAGUCCUUCAAACAAAACUCAAGGAUAAGGAAAAUGAACUUCAGCAAAUCCUGCUUGAUUUCCAUGAAACCCAGAAGCAAUGCAAACAGCUUCAAGAUGCAACAGAUGAACAAUGUGAACUUCUCAAAAGCACAAAAACUGAACAGGAAUCCUUUCUUCAAGAACUACGCUCUGCAGAGCAGCGCUGUAAAGAAACUGAGAAAAAUUGUGAAGCUAUCACUGCAGCGCUGGAACAAAGCAAAAAGAAAUAUGUAGAGAUGAUUCAAAGCAAAGACUUAAACUUGGAGGAGAUCAGCAAAGUCAAAAAUCAACAAGCAGAGAAGCUGGAGCAGAUUCAAGCAACUGUUCUGGAUCUACAGAAUUCACUAGCCUUAGAGAUACAAAGGGCCAAGGAGCUUGAGGAUAAACUCAUGGCAAACAACAAGGAGCUUGAAAGAAGAAACACACUUUUAGGAGAGACCAUGGAACAGAGUGCAAAGAAAGAUGCUCAGAUCAAGCUCCUUGAAGAUAAACUGGACAAGGAAUCAAAAUCCACUGACUCCAUGAAGAAUAAGAUUGAUGUCACUGAAACCAAAGUGAAGGAACUCACGGCCGAACUUUCUAUGAAAACUAAAGAAACCCAGCUUUUAAAGAAUGAAGCAGAGGUUGCCUUCGCUGAAAAUGGUCUACUGAAGAUGGCUUGUGAAGCUGCUGAAAAGGCACAAGAAAAUUUAAAGGAGAAGUCCACAGUGAUAGAGAUCAAAGUGCAGGAGCUGGAGGCACAGUUCUUAACUGAAAGCAAGAAAAACAGAGAACACACCUGUCAGGUGGAGCAACUUAGAAAAGACAUUACACAGCAUGAAGAACAGUACAAAGAGCUACUAUCCAACUUUAACGAGCUCCAGUCUGAGAAGACAGCCAUUCAACGGCAGUUUGAGUAUGGAUCGUCUAAUAUGAAGGCAGAGAUGAAGGUGAGUGAGGAGAAGGUUGUGAAGCUCACAAGAGAAAUUCAAAGACUGAAAGAAGAAAAUCAAUGUUUACGAGAGGAGACAAACUCCAUUAAAACCAGAUUUCAAGGGGAAUAUCUGAAAACUGACACUCUACAGAGGAAAAUAGAGGAAAAUUGUGAACAUCUGCAGAAGAAUAUUGCAGCAAAAGAAAAACAAAUCAAAGCUAUGGAAACAAAGCUGUGCAGCCUCAGGAAAAAAUUAGAAAUGACAUUUAAAGGCCAGGACGAAUGCCAAAAAGAGAAUAAAUUGCUUAAGAAACAAAUGGCAAAGGAUGCUGCAAAGUCUAGUCAACUUGAAAAUGUGAUCAAUGGUCUUCAUGAGGAGUCCCAGAACCUUAAAAGACUGAACGAGGAAGGCCAUCAGAAAUUGCUUAAGAAUCUUGAGUCCAAAUCAGCCUUUGCAACAGAGCUUGAGAAUGAGGUACAUCAGCUCCGAUUAACUGCAGCAGAGGCGAUCAAAAACAAGGAAGACACAGAGCGCAAGUGUCAGCACAAGAUAGCAGAUAUGGUUGCACUGAUGGAAAAACACAAGAGCCAGUACGACCGGAUGGUUGAAAAAAAGGAUGCAGAGCUUGAAGAGAACAAGAAGAAAGAGAGGGACAUCGCUGCUCUCAGAAAAUCACUGGAGUUGGAUCUCGAAAAGUAUAAGACGCAUAAUGAGCAGCUGAAGCAACAGCUAAGGACAGAAGUGGCAGAGAAGGAAAACCUGCAGAAGGAGCUAACUGAUUUGAAGAAAGAAAUGUUAUCUGUGAAUGUCACUCAGCUGUCAGAAGUAAUGAACAAGCAGUUACCUGCCUCAAACUGUAAACAAGGGAAAUGUUCAGAGGCUCCAAAAGAGAGCUCUUCAAAGAGACACGUGUUUUAUUUCUCCAAGACCAAGAAACCUCCCUCCUGCAGCAAAGAUGAUGGAUUUUCAGCAGUUAUGAAGAAAUCUGAAUCUGACACUGAAUCCAUCAGAACAUCAGGUCGAACAACACCAAAGACCAAGGAAAUUUACAAUGAAGACCUGCAAACUCCAAGAAGAAUAACAAACAGUGCUGGCAAAAGAUCAAAGAUCAAAUCCUACAGAAUAAGGACACCUCCUGCUCUGGCAGCACACUGGGCAAAGCACAGCAUAGAGCUUGACCCCAAGUCUGACAGCUCUGAUCAAAAUGAUGUCUUGAGAUUUGCAAGUGCAUCCACCCCCGAGUUUUCUGCUCCACUCUGCAAAGGCAGCAUGCGGAAGAUCCAGAGCCCUGUCAAGAAUAAGUCACCAGGGAACUCCUUGAAGCUAGCUGCAGUGAAAAGGAUGAGAGAUUCUGGUUGGACAGCUGUUAUUGGCUGUGACAAAAAAAAGAGGAAGAGCAAUGAGAAGAUCUUUGCUUAACUAGUACUGUUAUAAGUCAGAUAAAGAUUAAUUGCAACAGUAUUGGACAGGUGCUUGAUCAGACUAUUAAAAUGCCUAUAUAAUACUGUUAAGGAGCUAAUAGGCAACAAUUAUAACGGCAGGCAGAAUUAUUUCUCAACAUAGAAAGUAUUGUUAUGGAUCAACUAAACAGUAUUGUUAACAGAUGUGUUCAGGUGUUCAUAUUCCAGUAUGUUUUGGGUUUUGAGAAUUUAGGUUUUAAGUGACUGCAGAUAUGUACACUUUAAGUACCUUGAAAAGAAAAUUGUUUUUGUUGAAUAAUUUAUCUUAACUGGUGUUCACAUGAAAUCUGAUUCAUUCUUAGACAGGUUUACAUUGUUGUUGUGGUUAAGGUGUUGAUGUAGUUGUUAUAGAUAUUAAAUUAAAUUAAUGUUAAAUAAUUAACUAAAUUAACUGAUGUAUCCUAGUAUGGACAGUGAUCUGAAUUAAAGUAAUGUUCAAAUCAUUCA